UUUAGGUGAACAUGAAGUUUGGGAAAGAGUUCAAGCAACAGAAGGUGCCAGAAUGGAUUGAAGCCUACAUGGACUAUAACGGACUCAAAAGAAUAUUACAUGAAAUCCAACAGUUCAGACAAAGUGAAAGACCUUCGACACCAAUGAGAACUUCACAGAAUCGGCUGUCAUUAUACAAACCAUUUACUGGGUUAGAUGUACAGACAAGCUCCGAAGAAAGUGCUGGUGAUAUAGAGGACCAAGUUAUAGCUGUCGAGACUGUAAAGAAAGAUGAUACUAGAGAAGUGUAUAGCACCAAUUUUCUUCUAUCAUCCGAAGGAGGGCAUGGUGAGAUAAAGUUUUUUGAGAAGCUUGACAAGGAGCUUAACAAGGUCAAUACCUUUUAUAGGGACAAGGUGGAGGAAGUGAUUGAGGAAGCAGCUUCGUUAAAUAAGCAAAUGAACGCUUUGAUAGCAUUGAGAAUUAAGGUGGAACAGCCAGAUAUAAAUAAAUGCCGUAUUAAGAGAAACGUUUCUAUGGAUAGUAGUUCAACAGAGUCCUCGGAAGCUGUUUCUCCAAGCAGAGCAGAUACAUCAGAAAAUGAACAUGUGGAUUCCAAAGUUAUUGACAGGAUCAACAACCAUGGGCCUGUUGAGCCUGGUUUCCCUUCCGAUAUGGUUGCUUCCUUAACUUCUAGUGUGUGUAGAAACAAGGCAAAUUCUGAUAAAUAUGAAUUAGAUCCCUUAGAUGUCCUGGACCGCGUGAGGCUUAAUAAUACUCUUGAAAGCCCAAUGUCAACCAUUAGAAGUGUCCUUAAUGAUUCUAAAGACAAGGAUUUGCGGUAUAAGAAAGAGGAGCUGAAAGAAGUGGAAGGACGACUGAAAGUUGUUUUUAUUGAAUUCUACCACAAGCUUCAUCUUCUGAAGCACUACAGUUUUGUAAAUCUUAUGGCAUUUUCGAAGAUAUUGAAAAAAUAUGAAAAGAUUGCAUUAAGAAAGGCAGCAAGGUCAUAUAUGAAAAUUGUGGAUGACUCUUACAUUGGGAGCGCUGAUGAGGUCACUCAUCUCCUGGAUCGAGUGGAACAAACCUUUAUCAAGUACUUUGCAAGCUCCAACCGUAGAGAAGGUAUGAAAUUAUUGAGGCCAAAACGAAGGAGAGUAAAGCACAGGGUAACAUUCUUUUCAGGGUUUUUUGCUGGUUGCUCAAUUGCUCUCUUGAUUGCUAUCGUCUUACUUAUACAAGCGAGGAAAGUGAUGGUUAAAGAGGAGCAUAUCAUGUACAUGGAAAAUGUUUUUCCCUUAUACAGUUUAUAUGCAUAUAUAAUAUUGCAUAUGCUAUUGUAUGCUGCAAAUAUAUACUUUUGGAGGCGCUGCAGAAUCAACUAUCCCUUUAUAUUUGGUUUUAAGCAAGGAAUGGAAUUAAGCUACCAGGAUGUUUUUCUAAUCAGCACAGGUGUUGCAGUGCUCACACUUGGCACUUUUCUGGUGCAUGUGCACAUGAAAGUAGAUUCUAUUAACUCAGGCUAUACAAAGUAUAUGGAAUUAAUUCCAUUGGGCUUACUCAUUAUUUUUCUUGUCAUCUUCUUCUUUCCUUUCAAUAUCUUGUACAAGUCCAGUCGUUACUUUCUUAUCCGAUGUUUAUUCCGUUGUCUCUGUGCUCCUCUCUACAAGGUUUCACUUGCCGACUUUUUCUUGGCAGAUCAGCUGACUAGUCAGGUUCAAGCCAUGCGGUGCUUAGAGUUCUACAUUUGCUACUACGGUAUGAGAUGGUAUCAGAAGGAACAAAAGUGCCAUAGUCUGGAUCUCUACAAUGUCUUCUAUAUUAUUGUAGCAGUUAUACCAUAUUGGCUGCGGUUCCUACAGUGUGUUCGCCGGUUGUUAGAAGAAAAAGAAUGGGUACACUUAUACAAUGGUUCGAGAUACUUUUUGACCAUUGUUGCAGUAAUAGUCAGAACCGCAUUUGAAUUCAAGAUGAACAAGACUUGGAAAGUUUUGGCCCUUGUGAGCUCGAUCACUGCAAUUUUGUUCAACACAUAUUGGGAUAUAGUUGUAGACUGGGGACUUCUACAAAGAAAUUCCAAGAAUAGGUUUCUUAGAAAUAAGCUUGCGGUAUCACGCAAAAGUGUGUACUUUCUAGUGAUGGUACUGGAUGUUAUACUAAGACUUGCUUGGCUUCAAUUAAUCUUGAAAUUUAACAUAAAAGCCCUGAAAGGAACAGCCAUAUCAAGCAAUGAGCACUUGAACAAUGUUGGAAGGUAUCGAGCAUUUAAAUCAGUCCCACUUCCAUUUAGUUACUAUGAAGAAGAUGACGAGAAGGAUGACUAACGUGAAUAUAUACUGUAUAGCUCAUGCUAUAUACUAAGGUGGCUUAUCAGCUACAAAAAAUUGUCCAUAUGAGUUUUCUUACAAUUUAUUACGAGUAGAUAGUAAUGAGGAACUGUUGUCUUGAAUUUCAAAGAACCUUUUAUAAU